AAAGUGUUAAAUCUUCUCAUUUCGAAGCACGUGUUAAUUAUGUCCGCAUUGAAUUAUCAUUGAAAUCAAUUUAAUUUCUAACAAACAAACAAAAUAAAAAAUGUCUAUCGGUCUAAAAUCGUUACUUAUAUCUUAUCAACAAACAUUAUCGAUGCGUACUUUAUUGACAAUGGUCAAAAGAACAUCAAUAAAUCAAAAUUUGAAUAUUGUUGUUUGUGAUAAUAAUAUACCGUUAUCGAAUUCAUGGCGUUAUUAUCAUCAUCAUCAUCAUAAUCAAAUAAUUGGCCGAAGAAAUAAUAAUGAACAAUCAUCAUAUUCGUACAAUGUAUUAAUAAAUGAAAAGCAAUCAAUUUUAUCGACAAAAUCAUCUGAUUCAUCAACUACAAACGAUUCGAAUGUUGAUCCAACAAAAGCAUCAGAAGAACAAUUAUCAUUGAUAAGUCGACGACUAACUGAUAAUUUGCCCGUUUUUUUCCAAAAACCACAUGAUUUCAGUGUUUAUAAUCGUAAUAUUAUUUUUGAAGAUAAUAUUCGUAAUGUUCGAACUGUAGGUAUGAAUGCAUAUGCAUGGCAAAUAGCAAAGAUUAAAAUGGGUGCACACUUUAAAUAUGGUAAAGUUACGUUUAAUAUAUUGAAAUUAACUCAACAUGUUGAAGAUUCUACUAUUAAAAUACGUUGGCGUAUUGUUUCCUAUCCGGGUAAUCAAAUUGUUUUUGCAUUCUGGAAAUUUAAACUAUGGAAUACAAAAGAAUCAUUGGAUAAAGUUAAAGAUGAAUGGAUUGAUGGAUUUUCAAUACUUCAUGUUGGUGGUGAUGGUCUUAUUCAUCGUCAUGUUUGCGAUAAAAUUAUGCCCGAUACGGAUGAUGUUGAAACGAAAAAAACUGAUAGAUUGGCAGCCAAAUUAGGAGUUGCUUGAUUAGUUAUUAUUUUUUGUUGAUAAAUUUCUUUUUAUUCAAAAUUUUUUUUCUCUUUUCUUAUUUAAAAUGAAUUAAAUUUGAAUUAUAUGGUUA